ACAUCAUACAGGUAAAACUGACGUAGCAUCACUUGGACCAAAAUAUUUGGCUUUUCAUAUUCACUAAAUAAGAGUACAGAGUGUAGUUCAAAGCCCAAGCAUUUAAUAAAAUUAAAAAAGUAAAAAAAAAUUGUAUUUGCCAUAAAUGGUGCCCAUCAACUAAAGUGGAACAAAACCUAUCAUCAGCGACGUAUCCCUGUACAAUUACCUUGUAUUAUUCACUCUGACAGAUAAAUGCGGAAGAGGCCAUUAACCAAUCUGUCCAUAGUAACCGCAUGUAUCUGAACACAGUAUUGCUGCAGCGGUUAGGUUUGAAACAUGGCCGAGGAUAUAUUACAUGACUUUUUAACUGUUGUUUUUGAUAAACCAGGUUACUCGCAGAAGAUGAUUGAAAUAAAUAAUAUUACAUCAGGAGGUGCUAACUAUACUUCUGCUCUAUUUUCGAUAAAUUUGCAAACGUCAGAUAAAACAAUAAAACUUUUCGCAAAAGUUGCAACGAUGAGCAAAGAGAUGAGAACAGCCGUUAAAGCAGACAAGAUGUUUAGAACAGAGGAAUUUGUUUACAAUAAACUUAUACCUAUUUAUAAUAAUCUCCAGAAGGAUUUAGAUGAAGAACACAAGUUCGUAUUUCCCGAAUUCUACGGAUGUAAUAAUGAGUUGGGUAAAGAAACAGUCAUAUUAGAAAAUCUAGUAGAACAUGGUUAUAAGUCUUACAGUCGGUUUAAGUCCAUGGAUUGGGAUCAUGGCAGAGUUGGUGUGGAGGCUUUAGCGCGGUUCCACGCUUUGUCGUUCGCACUGAGUAAACGUGAUCCAGAAGGUUUCCAAAAAAUAGCUAGGGAUAUGGCGUACACCUUUGAUAAAGAUACUUUGAAUCAAACGGCUAUAGAUCAAUUCAAGGAAAUGGUGGAGAAAGCGUUAAGUGUUCUGAAGGAGGAGGACUAUCGUGAGAGAAUCAGAAAAUUUUUAUUUGAAACGAACUUGUUGGAUAAACACUACAAGCCGCUCAGCGCGCCAGUGUUGGCCCACGGUGAUUACAGAUUAAGCAACUUGUUAUUUAAGGAAAAGGGUCACGUUCUGAGUGCAGUGGUUGUCGAUUACCAAACCGUCCAUACUGGGUGUCCUGUGGCAGAUCUCUUCUACUUUAUUUUCAUGGGUUCAGAUGAACACUUCCGCCGUCUCUAUUAUGACAAACUAGUAAAUCAUUACUAUACAAGUCUAGAAGAAGCGCUCCAGAGGCUGGCUGUGGAUCCUGUAGAGGUGUAUCCGAGAGAGAGCUUUGAAAGUGAUUUGAAAGAGUUACUGCCGUACGUACUCCUGACAGCGGUGACAGCUCUGCCGCUGGUCGUGGUCGAGUCUGAUUCUGCUCCGAAAUUUGAUUCUGAUGAUGCUGACUUUUCUACCCUCAUUGUUGAACCGGGUUCAUUGUACAAGCAGAGGUUUAGAGGCAUUGUAGACGACUUAGUGAGAUGGGAGGUUAUAUAAUGAUAUAUUAAUAAAGACUUGCCCUUUUUUUUGUU